AUGAGCUAUGACCGCGAGCGAAUCCACCACCACCAUGUGACCAAGGUUGGCUACAGAAAUAGGAGAAGAAAUCCUCCCCACGUCGCCGUGCUCGUUUUGCGCGUCCACCAGCCCGCCCCCCAACCCCACCCAGCGCGACGAAGCCGGGGGGCGAUCGCUCCAGCGCCGCCGGCGACCUUACCCCCUGGGAGCCGCCGGCGGUACCCCGCUCCCUAUCCCGCCUCGUCGAACCCUCAGGCCUCAGGCAAAGCAAGAAAAUUGAAGGAUCUUAUGAUAAAAAGUGACAAUAGGAUAUGUGCUGAUUGUGGUGCACCUGAUCCCAAAUGGGCAUCUGCUAAUAUUGGAGUGUUUCUUUGCUUAAAAUGUGGAGAUGUUCAUAGGGCACUUGGACCUGACAUUUCAAAGGUAUUGUCUGUAACUUUGGAUGAUUGGUCUGAUAGUGAUAUUGACUCCAUGCUUGAGGUUGGUGGAAACUCAUAUGCAAAUUCAAUUUAUGAGGCUUUUCUUCCAAAAGAUCACCCAAAACCCAAACCAGAUUCAACGAUGGAAUAUAGGACAAAAUUUAUAAGAGCUAAGUAUGAGACACAAGAUUUUUUGAAGCCAAGUUUGCGCAUUUCAUCGAGAUCAUCUUUUAAAUCUACCACUUCUGUGAAGAGUGUAGAUAACAAUUUCUCUAGCACUUCAAGGAAGGAUGUCUCUGAUGAUACAAGAGAAUUUAUUGGAGAGCUGAAUAUUACAGUGGUGAAAGGUACUAACUUGGCCGUGAGAGACAUGCUAACAAGUGAUCCAUAUGUUAUUUUAACACUCGGAGGGCAGAAAGUUCAAUCGACGGUUAAAAAAAGUGAUUUGAAUCCGGUAUGGAAUGAAGUGCUUAAGAUAUCUGUUCCUCGAAAUUACCGACCUCUAAAACUUGAAGUGUAUGACCAUGAUAUGUUCUCAGCCGAUGAUAUCAUGGGUGAAGCAGAGAUAGAUCUCCAACCAAUGAUCACAGCUGCCAUGGCCUUUGGAGAUACUUCACGUCUUGGUGACAUGCAAAUUGGGAGGUGGAUUAUGACCAAAGACAACGCCCUGAUGAAAGAUAGCACAGUGAAUGUUGUGGCAGGCAAGGUAAAACAGGAGGUGCACUUAAAGCUGCAGAACGUAGAAUCAGGUGAGUUGGAGUUAGAGCUAGAAUGGGUUCUAGACUAA